UCAAUAUCGCCAACCCAAUUCUGUCACGUAAAUACAAAUUAAGGCCAACCUAGCCUACCUCUUUGCAGUUACUUAAGGCAUACCUCCAUACUACAAAGAGCGGCAAGAGGAGCAGAGAAGGUAAAGUUAGAGGCGGUUUCCUCUUCAUCUCUCAGCUCCACCCUUGGCCAUGUCGAUGGUCCGCCGAUCACCGGUUAUCGCAAUCAUCGUCGCAUGCACCAUAUUUUAUGGUGCACGAGCACAGUCGCCGGCGCCGGCGCCGGCGGGCACGGAAUGCAUGACAGCGGUGUUGAACACGACGGACUGCCUGUCGUAUGUGCAGGCGGGCAGCAAGGCGAAGGUGCCCGACAAGGCCUGCUGCCCCGAGCUCGCCUCUCUCGUCGACAACUACCCAAUCUGCCUCUGCGAGCUCCUCGGCGGCGCCGCCAGUUCCUACGGCAUCUCGAUCGACAGCGCCAGGGCCCUCAAGCUUCCGUCCGUCUGCCACGUCACCACGCCGCCGGUGAGCACCUGCGCAGCUCUUGGAAUUCCAGUUGGUAGUCCAAUGAGUCCUUCCAUGGCUCCCGGGAGUGGAUCUCCAUCAAGUGGAGGCCCGGAAUUACCUGGUGGAUCAACAAGCUCUCCGAUUGCAUCGCCUCCAAGCGGCAACCAUGGCAGCCGGUGCUCUAGAGGCAUCGAACUCUUGCUCGCCGCCAGCUUUUCGUUCAUCGUCGCCAUCGUCGUCGUCGGAAUUUUCUAAGGUUGCCAAAUAGUUUGAUUUGUGUCUCCUUGAUUUAGAAGUCUGCUAAAUAUUUCAUUGUUACAUAUUGUGUUUUUAGUCUCCAUUUGAGCAUACAUUCAGUGCUUUGUUACUCUUCACCCAUCUCACGUAUCUACUUUAAUAAAUUUAUUUGCUUGGUAAUAAAGGGCUGGGCUUAUUUAA